AUGUCUACUCAGGAACCCGCAUCCCGGGGUAGUCGACAGUGCCACUACACACAAGAUGCCGCGGUUCCCCUUUCACACACGAACUCGCGACAGAGCGUAAUGCUGAAGGACCUCUUAAGAUACAGUAAAAAAAGUAGCUUGCAACAUCGGCAUCAAAACCCUCAAGGAACUCGAUAUUCCUCGUCCAUUCACAUCCGUACGAAACUUUGUGUCCACCCUCUGAAUGCUGAACCUCUCAUUCACUGCAAGGAGUAA